AUGGGAAUUAAGGGUUUAAUCGGAUUUUUGAGUGAAACCGCUCCAUCAUCUAUAAAAGAGGUACCACUAGAAAGCCUAUCUGGAGAGACCAUUGCAAUUGAUGCAUCAGCAGCUCUCUACCAAUUCGCUAUCGCAAUCAGAGAUACGAGCUAUCUUUCAACCCUUGUAAACUCCAAGGGUGAGUCCACAUCUCACAUUUCCGGUUUGAUGAAUCGUUGUGUUCGUAUUUUGGAAGCUGGAAUUAAGCCAAUUUUUGUAUUUGAUUCAACACCACCCGAUUUGAAACUAGACACGUUAAGCAAGAGGAAAGAAAGAAGGGAGGAAGCGGAAGCAUCCUUAGAAGCAGCCAAGGAGGCAGGUGAUAGUGAAACAAUAAAAAAACUUGUUGGAAGGACAGUAAAGGUCUCUAAGGAACAGAACAAUUCUGCCAAACAGCUACUUCGGUUGAUGGGAAUACCGGUUGUGGAAGCAAAGGAAGAAGCAGAAGCUCAGUGUGCACAGUUAGUUCAGGAAGGUAUCGCUACAGCAGUUGCAAGUGAAGAUUCCGAUUCACUCGUGUUUGGUUGUCGUAUUUUACUUCGUAAUUUAUCGGGCAAAAAGGUUUUAAGAAUUGACCAAGAAAAGGUUUUAUCAUUGCUCGGAUUUACACGUGCUCAGUUUACAGAUUUUUGCAUCCUUUGCGGUUGUGAUUACUGCGGAACGAUAAAGGGUAUUGGUCCAAAAAAUGCAUAUUCACUCAUAAAAAAAUACAAAAGUAUAGAGGAGAUUUUGAAAUUCAAGGGAGAAACCCUUCCAGGAUUUGAAGAGGCACGACGUUACUUUUUGGCACCUCAAGUUUUUGAAGGGGCAAAUCCAGAGACAACCUUUCCAAAUUUGGAGGAGUUACGUAAGUUUUUGAUUGAAAACGAUUUUAAUUCGGAAAGAGUUGACAAAUUUAUUCUAAAGCUUACAAAGGCUAGAAAGGUAAAGGUACAGCUUUCAUUGGGGAGAUUUUUUGGUAAAGAUACAGCUGCCUUGCAGAAGAAAACAGUAAAAGAAGACACAAAGCCUGUUAUUAGUACAGAGGAAAAGGAUUCUGAUAUUGACUCAGUGAGUACACAAUAUACCGAGAGCCAGCAUAUAGAUAAAGAUCCGCUCACACCGCAAAAUCGAGAUACACCUACACAGGAAAAACGUCAAAGAGAGGAUGAUACUCCAAAGAGACGGUGGAUACAUUAUAGCGCGCUUAAAUUAUCGGAUGAGGUGGAGCCUGAAAAUUUGGCAGAUGAGGAUGUAUACUCUGAAUUGCAACAAGUGUCAUCAAUGCCCCUUGGAGAUGAGAAAGAGGAUGAAGAAACUGGUAAGGGUAACAAAAAAUCUAAAUCAGGUACAAGGGAAAACAAAGCUCCGACAGAGAAAGUUUUAGAUUCUUGUAAUUCAUCCUAUGGCUUGUUUUAUCCUGAUAGAACAGAAGGGUUAAAGAGCACUGUGCCUCAGUAUUCUGGUGAUAUGGAUGAUUCUGAGGAAUCCUUGAUAGAUGAGCCACCUGUAACAAUAGAGGUUGAAGAAGAUGAGGUCCCAGAACACCUGAAACAAUUCAUAUGCACCAAUCACUAUAAACCAAUGAUACAAAUCAAGCGUACGGAUCCUGGUGAACUGGAUGAUGCAUCUGUCAAAGAAUUAAUUAAGUCCACAAUUGAGCAGACGCUGGAAAAUAGUGAUGAAUCCAUAGGUAAAGAGUAUACUAAUCUAGAGAUGCCCACUGAUAGCUUGUUAUUCCCAAAUUCAUUGAUUAAGGAGUUUAGAUGUUCUGUGAACGCCUUAGGAAACAGAAGGUCAGAACAAUUGUGGGCUUCAAGCUAUAGCCAUGGUGUUUCGUGGGAGCAUUUAGAUAUGUUGUACCUGAAAUUUAUAAAGGGAAGAGACGAAUCUAUAAAAAACUGGGAUGAUAAUGCAAAGGAGAUUGUUGAAUUUGCAUCACAAGUUGCAAGAAGAAAGAUACAAGAGUGGAAACCUAGCAUUACGCAUUCACCUCCGAGGUUACUCCGAAAAUGGACACACAAGCUUUACAAUGUUUGGUACGAGCGAUACAUGGGAGCCUACAGUCCCUGUAUGUUAUCCAGAUAUUUGAAGGGCGAGGUGACGGAUUGCGUGCUUGCUAGAGAGAUUAACGAAUAUGUGGAAACAAAGAGCACACGACUGCCAUUUAAAACACAAACUUCAAGAUCUAACCCACACUUUGUCACAAGGACAAGGAAUUAA